GUGUAUGUUCAGAUAUGGCACCAACUCCAUUUAGUUUAACAUUUACAACACAUAUAUCCUUAUUUAGCACAACUAAUCAACCUUGUGAUGUGAGAGUUUCAUAAACCUAGCAUUGCUAGCUUUAGAGAUCUGACCGUAAACACAAGAAGAGACCGAGCAGUUUUCUGCUUCUGCAGACACACCAACAUUUGGCGCGUUACAGCCCCGCGCUGAUUGGUGGAAUGGUGCCAUGGCCAUGACAUUGGUCCGAAAGGGUUAAAAUCUAAUGGAUUUCUAAUGUAACCCUUCACAAUAUAUUUGAAAAUUUCAGUUUUAUUUUUGUGCAUUCAUUUCCUUUAAAAUAAUGUUUUUCUUUUUAUAUAUUUUCUUUAACUUGCGCACUAAUUCACCAUCUUUUCUGCACUUGUGUUAUAUCUCUGUUCCACAGAUAUUAAAAAAAAUCUAAAUCAAGUUGAUUGAAGAAUACAGGAUGACUCUUUAAAAUAAUUGAAUUCCAUUAAAUUCAAAUAGUUUUUUUCAUUGUAUUCUAUUAUGUUACAUUUUAUGGAAUGAUUGUAAAAACAAAACUUUACAAAUUAAAGACAAAAAUAUAUCACUCUGUAAAAACAGUAGAUUACAUUUGAUAUUUUUCUACUGUUAAUUGCUGCAUAAUUCUCUGCUAAACUUGGGCUUUUUCAAUCAAGGACUUAUAUAAUUUUAUUGAGCAAAAAUAUGUUUUCCAUAACAAUGAUAAUAAAUUCCAAAUGAAAAUAAUUUAAAUCUAAAUAAUGUCAGAAGUAUCACCCAUUUAAAUAUCCAUUGGUGCCUUCAGCUUGUUUCUUGUUUUGAUGCUGAACGUCUCAGUGCGCAUGCGUGCACCCAGCAGCUACUACUCGCAGUGCACAUGCAGAGAAAUCCCACAACGUGCGGGGCAGGGCGCACCGGAGGGACUAAACUGUUUGUUUUCCUGCCGUCCACGUUGCUGUUUACCUUUAUUUUUUAUUUAUAUCCAUGCAGCUCUCCGGAUCCAACGGCAGCUCGUAGCUCAGCUGCCCCGCCGCCCCCACACCGACCGACCGGGUGUCUGUCUGGACCUCUGGACCUGGAGCGAGCGAUCAUGUGGAGGGAGGAGGUCUGGGUGGGAACAACAACAACAGGGCGCGUUGCUGUCCCGUCGCAACGUGCCCCGGUCCAUGUCGCUUAGCUCCGCCGGGUCCCCACAUUUGUUGAGUCCAGUCCGGUUCUGAGGCCCAUCCUGAUGGCGGACGAGGAGCCCCAGCAGCCGGAGCCCGGAGCAGGAGGUCUGCCCGGCCUGCUCCCCGGGCUGCAGGGUGCUGAAGUCAGCACUCUGCAGCUCAGGAUCAAGAACUCCAUCUGCAAAUCGGUUCAAUCUAAAGUGGAAAACAUUCUGCAAGAUGUGGAGAAGUUCUCUGAUAUCGAAAAACUCUACCUCUACCUCAAGUUGCCAUCUGGUCCCAGCAGCAGUGCUGACAAAAGUGACCAGAACGCCCUGUCAUCAAGCCGCACACAGCAGAUGCAUGCAUUCAGCUGGAUCCGGGAACAUUUAGAGGAAUACCCGGAGACCUCUCUUCCCAAGCAGGAGGUCUAUGACGAAUACAAGAGCUUCUGUGACAAUCUCAACUACCACCCACUCAGCGCGGCAGACUUUGGAAAGAUGAUGAAAAAUGUGUUCCCGAACAUGAAGGCGCGCCGACUCGGCAUGAGAGGAAAAUCCAAAUAUUGCUACAGCGGACUAAGGAAGAGACCGUACAUUCAUAUGCCAUCUUUACCCACCCUGGACCUCCAUAAAACACCAGACGGACUCCACUGUGAUGCGCUGGAGUCACCGUGCCAGCUCAGCAGCAUCAAGGAAGAAGUGAGAUUUGCAGCCUGCGAUCUGGUGUGUGAGUGGGCCCAGAAGGUGCUGAAACGCCAGUUUGAUUCCGUGGAAGACUUGGCUCACUUCCUGAUUGACAGCCACUACAUCAGCAACAAGUCGCUGGCAGCUCUCACCAUAAUGACGGGCACAGCAACAGAAAGCAAACCUUCACAGACCGUCUCAGCAUUCCUCCCCACAUCAGAGGCUCGCCCCUUCCAGCCUCAGGUGACGAUGUUUUCAUCACCGUCCGUAGAUGCCAAGCAGCAGCUGCAGAGGAAGAUUCAGAGGAAGCAGCAGGAGCAGAAGCUGCAGUCUCCCUCACCUGCAGAUGGACACGCUAAGAGGGUAGAAGACGUUGUGGCUAGUAGCCCCACCACUCCUUCACCACAGCCGACCUUUGGCAUUGUGGUUGCAGCUGUCCCAAGCCCCAUCACUGUGCAAAAGAGCAGGCAGCUGAUGUCACCAAGUCCUGUGGGGGCACUAGAGAGCAAAGUGCUGCCUAUUAACUUCCAGAUGUUGCCCCAACCAGUUCAGGCAGUGAAACAGAGCCCCAAACCAGCCCAGAAUAAUCUAAUCAGUCCAGUGGGGGAGAGAACAGCUCGGCAGCGCUAUGCUCAAAUCCUUCCCAAACCUUCGGCCACCUCUGCCGUCGCGCUGCACUCCCCCUCCACCAUGAUCAUCACCAACAGCCCCAUCAAGACUGUGAUGACCACAUGUCACAUCAGCCCAGUCAGUUUGGUUAAGAUGGCAACCAUAUCACUGGCUCCUAACAGCAGGGAAACCACAUCUCUAACUACCACCACGCUGCGACCGGCUUCCGCAGGUAUCACUUCUGCAGCAGCAGGAAGCGCUGGUGCCAAUCAGAGCAUGAGGAGUACGUCUGCAAUGCCCAUUCUGGCCCCGGUGGCUGAGCUUGGGAUGAUCACCGACACUCAGAGCAUGGACGUCGAAAUGGAAGUUGAAGCUAUACACAGAAACAGUCAGAUGCAACGCUCUGGUGGUCAGGUUUUCAUCCAAAAAGCAAUGGUUAGUAGAGGCGUUGGUGCUGUGCAGAGAGCUGCCAGCGUGCCCAUCCCUCAAACAAAAGACUUCCUCAUUUCAGAGGAAAUGUCCAGCUCUAGAUGCAGUGGGAAGCCCUCAUCAGACACAAACACUGUGGCUGAUUGUAGCAAUAACAGCUUUAAUAAAAGCACUGUGCACUUAACAAGUCCUACUCAGAGUACCAGCACUGUUAACUUCAACACCAGCAGACUCCCAUCAUUUGACGGCGUCCACACAGAGGAGGGUUUCGUACCCAUGAAGAGCCUCAGGAAACGCUCAGGUCUCAGUCCAGACUUUUCCCCAGUUAAAAGGAUUUUCAUCCCCCAUCAGCCAGCAGAGGGCGCCCUUGCUUCUGAGUAUAUCAACACAACCGAAUAUGUCUCCUGCUCGGGUGCAACAGGAAGACCUGAAAGCGCUCCAGUCACACAGGAGGUGGAGAUGAGAAUGAGCUCUGCAUCGUGCACUUCCUCUGUCAGAGCUAGCGGCUUUGACUCUGUUGCCAAAACACAUAGCUCAUUGCACAGGGACAACACUUCCACCAUUAUGGAAACUGGCCCUUCACUCAGUGACGCAAUAUUACAGGAACGGCAGGAGCUCACAGUGGGUAACAUGCAUGGAGUAUCCACUAAUACUGGUUUCCAGAAACAUGCAGGUGUGAGUUCAAACUCAACAACAGGAUGUCUGGAUGGAGCUUUACAGCAGAUGUACGCUCAGCCCGACCCUGCUAAUGACACCCUGCAGUUUUUUAACCAAGCAUCUUCUGCUCAGCUCCCAGUGCAGGAACCUAUGGACUACUUUUCCUUUGAUGACGAUGUGACUCAGGACAGCAUUGUGGAGGAGCUGGUUCAAAUGGAGGAGCAGAUGAAGCUCAAACGUCUGCAGGAGCUUGGGAACUGUGGCCCUCUGCAAGGCCAGCACACCCUGAUGCCCAGCAACGCACCUUCCACCAGUCAGGCCACGACGGCUUUCUAUCACACUGCGAACAACAACAGCCGCCUGAUCCAGACUCCCACACCCACUUCUGAGAUGAUGGGAGGAGUCCAAAGCCUUACCGGAGAGAGUCCCUGCUCCUACAUGGCUUCUACCACUCCGGUGGACAGUGCGCUGGGAAGCAGCCAUCACACCCCGGUGGGAACGCCGCACUCCAACUGCAGCAGCAACAUUCCCCCCAGUCCAGUGGAGUGCAGGAACCCAUUUGCAUUUACUCCCAUCAAUUCCAACAUGACAUGUUUCCAUGACAACAGCACCAUCUCCAGCAGCCCGGUCAAACCCAUGCAGAGGCCGACGGCCACCCACCCGGAUAAGGCGAGGCUGGAGUGGAUGAGCAACAGCUACAGCAGUGGGAGCGGGAGCACUAACAAGUCAAGUGGAGUGGGAAUCCUCACCGGCUACAGGGGCCUGAUAGAUGAGCACUUUCAAAAGCCUCACGCCUUUGCCGUUCCUCAUGCACGUCACCAUGACCACCACUGCGGCCGCUUGACUCCCAUCUCCCCCGUGCAGCAGCAGGUAUCCAACAUGGCUAAGCAGGAGGGUUUUGCCGUGCCUGCCCCUCUGGAUAAUAAAACCCCCAUCAUAUCCGCAGCGAAUUUCCGGUGUCGCAGCGUGAGCCCAGCAGUGCAUCAGAGGAAUCCUCCCAGUGUCCCACGUUCCGUGGCAUCUCCCUUCAAUUCUCCUGUCACGCCCGAAGUGUUAAGCAUUUUUUCUAACUGCAAGGCUAACCUCGCAGCCAGCAGCAUGGCUCAGAGGAGCCGCUCCGUGCCUCUCAACGUUAUGAUGCAAACACAAGUCCCGCCCACACCGAACCAACAGUGCAGCAACAAGAACAUCACCAGCGUCCUCCUGAGCAAGAUGGAAGGAGAAAACUGUGAUGGCAUGCGAGGUUUGGGCCUCCAUAAUUUAUCCUCCACCUACAUGGCACGGAUGAACCUCACUCAGAUCCUGGAGUCCAAGUCCAGCCACUCCUGCACUGAAGACCAAGUCCGCUUGAUGACUGACGACACCAGCAGCAGCUGCACCUCCCAGAGGCCGAAAUACCUCGUAGAAAACACGAUUAACCAGCAGCAGCAGUCUUUAAUGUUAGCCAUGAGCUCACUGCAGCAGCAGGAGGAGCUCCAGCGGCAGCAGCAGAUGGAUUUCAGCAGCGUGCAUCACCUCAUUGCCGACAACAGCCUCGCCACAGGAAGUCAGCUCUCGGAUCAGGUAUCUGAGCUGACUACAGGUGGAGCAGAUUUCCCCUGUGAAAUCAGAAUGACAUCAGAGCUGUCCAGCAGCAUUAAUGACCUGAACGCGCUGGACACAAACCUGCUAUUUGACCCCAACCAGCAGCAGAGCAAAUAUGAAAAUGCUGCAGCGGAGGAGCUGUUCCAGCCGCCACAUUCAGCUGGACUCGAGUGGUUAGAAAGCAAAGAUCAUCCAGCUGUUGGGCUGAUGGGCUGACAAACACAACGCUCAUUUAUUCACGUCAUGUUGAACAUGUUUUAUUUAUUUUCACACUGCGUGAUGCAACACUGGACACGUCGAGGUUUGUCCAGUUUUAAGUGCCGGGAUGAAUGAACUGACAUCAUGCUGAGUAAAAUGCUGGUCAUUACCCUUUAAUGGUUUAAAACAUAAUAAUAACCUCAUGUUUCAUCAAGAGUAUUACAAGUAGGCAAAACUAAAAACACUGCGAUUUAAACUUUAUGGUAACUUUAUAUUAUUGUGUGUGAAGCUUAGCAAUCAGUAUAAAGUAAAAAUGAAUAUAAAUCCUGAACUAAUAACAAAAUAGAGAUGUGUGUGUCAUGUAGGGUUUAGACAAAAAUCAACAAACUUUGUUAUAAAUAUCUAUUUUCUUCAGAUAUUAACAAAAACUAACAUAAGGGUUUGUCAAAUUAACUGAUAAUGUAGUGAGAAAACCAGAUUUAUCCUUGCAAAGAUAGAUUUUUUUUAUGUCAUGCACAAAAAGCAUUUAAAGAAAACUAAAGAAAAUCCAAAAAUAUUGUUCCCAAAGGUUUUAUUCAAGAAUUUAGCCAGUAAUCUUAAAGCAGAUCAUAGAUCAGGGGCAUUCAAUUCCGGUCCUGGAGGGUCGGUAUCCAGCACAUUUGAGUGGUUUCUCUAGUCCAGCACACUUGAUCCAGUGGUUGAAUCACCUGUGCAGCAGCUCAUCAGGCUCUGCAGAAGCCUGUUAAUCACCUGCUGAUUGAAAGCAGGUAUGUUAAAUCAAUCAAUCAAAGAUACUUUAUUAAUCCCAGAGGGAAAUUAGAGUUUCAGUACACACAAUUCAGAGAUCAGACAUGCAUGGGCCAGACACAUGACAAGAAUUGGUGACUGUGGUCAUUCGCAACCCUGAGUCGCGCUACCUUAAUAGAAAUAAGAGGGUUAUAUGAGGAUUGGUUCAGGUGGAGGGAAAUAAAAAGGCACUUCAGAGCUACCCUCCACCGGGAGGGCAGCUUUGCUCUGCAAAAAAAAAAAAAACCCACCUCAGACAGAUAUGCAACAGACUUCAGACAACACAACAUAAGUGUCCACUAGAUGGGGGUGGUAGGUUGGGACUCUCCCCACUUCAGUUCCUGCAGCCACGAUUAGCAGCGCAUGUCACCUCAUUGUGGACAGGGGGAGGAGCAUUGAGGGUUGGAGGGUUGCAGUGACCCUAGAAUGUUUCAGCGGCCUUCCCGCAGUCCCGCCCAGGCUGGGAAAGGAGACAGUUGAGUUGCCAUAGCGACAACACAUUCCACAUAUCUUCUGAGGGUUAAAACUGAAAUGUGCUGGAUACUGGCCCUACAGGCCCAGAAUCGAAUAGCCCUUAUGUAGAUGAUGGCAUUACAAUAUUUAAUAAUUUUCAUGCACUUUUUUUGCAUUUUUAACUUAUGCAAAGAAAUGGACAAAUAAUUAAAGAUGGCAUGUUUUAUAUAAACACAGUUUGAGUAGAAGGAGUCACCGCUCAUCUGGGAAAAGGUGCUGGAUCAAAAAGUGGAAUAAACAAAAUGAGAAUCCGCACACUUCAAUCUGCGAUGUAGGAGUUUAUUGGUCAAGCUUUCGGUCAGAGACCAUCAGGAAUUGACCUUCAUGAUGAAGGUCUCUGACCAAAAGCUUGACCAAUAAACUCCUACAUUGCAGAUUGAAGUGUGCGGAUUCUCAUUUUGUUUAUAUAAACACAGGUUAAAAGACACAAAAAAAAAACAAAGAUAUCUCCUGAAACUCGUUGAAAUAGCUUUAAUUGCUGAGCAUUUAGGUGAUCACGUCACACUGACCGCUGUGCAGGAUUGUGGGAGUUUUAGUCUGUGGAUGAAGUUUCAGCCACACUGGAGUAAAAGACAACUUUUAAGUUAAAACCUUGAAUUACCCCAAACCCCAAAAGCACGCGUCUUGCAGCAGAAAUUAAAAACCCGUUUCUUCCUUUUAUUGUAUUUUAUGCAUAUUUCAUGUGAAAAUGAUUUUAAAUUAUUGCGCUGGCCAAACCAAAAACUUACAAAGCAAAUAAAUGAAUCAUUUUUUAGAGAAACACAGCAGUGAUUGUAAGGUUUUAGUGAUAAAACUUUAAUUAAUGCUGCUCUAACAGGACGACCCAGAUUGUCAAAACAUGGUUUCAGGAAGCAUGAAACAGAAUUUUUGUACACAAUCUGUGGGAAGUGCUGCAAUCCAGCUCUUAAAAAGUUUACCAUCACAUACUGUAAAGUUUUUAAAACACUGCAAGUGCAAAAUCAAGCCUAAAGGUAGUCCAACGAAUUUUAGAUAGGGGAGAGUUUUACUACUGUUUGACCGGGUAAUAAUGUCUAAUACCUACUGUGGAGCACUGACAAUCUGUUUCUGUUCAACACUGUGUUUAACCUGAGAAGCAAAAGCUUCUCUUCCCAUCCUGACCGGGUCGCUUUAAUGUAAAAGUCUGGUUUUACGCUGAUGCAGAGCGGCGUGCGAACAAAUCCUACAACCACUGAGUCAAAGAUGCUUCUGAGGGCUUGUGGUUUCUGAGCCUUACAUCCAUGCCAAAGACCUAACCUAAAGCGACGUGCACUAUAAUUACUAUUUAACCUUACUGUGAAGUGCGUACUGAGAGGUUCCAGCUGUAUGGUGUGUACUGCACUUUGUCAUGUGAAAGGAGAGGUGAUGAGAGCACUAAAAAGACUUUCGUCUCUAAAAUCUGUGGGGAGAAAAUGAUCUUUGUUUACUAAACAUGGCUAAACAUCUGGUACGCGUUUUUUAAAACGGUAAAAAAAACCGCUAUAUUAUUGAUUAUUGAGGGUUUUUUUCUGAUCUCACUCUGGAAGGGUUCAUUUGUUGUACAAACUGAAAGCUGUUCAGUACUGUUUGUUUGUUUUCCUGCUAUUUAUUUACAGCAGGGGUGCCCAACCCUGGUCCUGGAGGGCCAGUAUUCAGCAGGUUUUAGUUUUAACUCUGCUUCAACACACCUGAUUUCAGUCAGCAGGUGAUUCGCAGACUUCUGCAGAGCCUGGUGAGGUGCUGCACAGGUGAUUCAACCACUGAAUCAAGUGUGUUGGAGCAGAGAAACCACUAAAAUGUGCUGGAUACUGGCCCUGCAGGACCAGGAUUGGGCACCCCUGAUUUACAGUGUGUUGUUUGUACAGGAGUUGUAGCAUUAAAUCCUAUAUAACCGUAUGCAUUCACAGUUGUCUAACCUGCACUGAUGGAGGGCUAUAUUCAUACUACCUUCAUGCAGUACACUUGGUUUUUGUUUCAAAAUGUGAUAAAUAAUGAGACUUUAACUGUUCUUGUAGGAUUCAGAAUUGGAUGUUGGCAAAACAAAUGAAAAAAUCUCCAGAGAAGCAUUUGCACUUGUUAGAAAAUGUGAAAAUGGCACUAUUGUAUGCUUUAAAGUUAAUGUCUGGAUACAUUACAAAUGCAGUGCAUAGAAUCGGUGCUUUUAAAGCAGGCUUUUUAAUUGUAGUGUCAACUCAUUUUGAGUUAAAUUCACUUUUGAGGAACAUAGACAAGAAUUUAUCUUCAGUUUGACCUUGUUCUGAUGUUUAACCCAAUCGUGUGUUCGUGUUAGCAAUGUUGGUUUGAUGAAGACUUUUACCCUUCCUCUUCUGAGUGGUUCAAAGCUGCAGAGCUCCUCUCCACUUUAGUAAUUUUGCAGUGGAUUUUAGUGCGUAAUAGCUGUUGCUUUUGUAAGGGGAAGUGCUUGUUCAUACAUUUUUUAAACACUUUUCAAAUUAAUAAACGUUUUUUAAGUACAAAA